CGUAGGCAGCCGGCGGCCGCUCCCAGCCCUCGGCCUCCGCGGCCUCCGGGAGGCGCGGCGGCGGCACGGCGCUGCCCGAUGGGCGGCCUGCUGAGCGGCGUCAGCUUCAAGGAGCCCACCACGGUGGAGGACUGCGACUCCACCUGGGAGACCGACUCGGAGCCCGAGGCGCCGGAGCCCGGCGGGGAGCCGCGGCGGCAGCAGCAGGAGGAGGAGGGGGUGUGCACCGCCGCGGGAGGCGGGGAAGAGCCGCCUGCCGCUGACGAUCGGCCCGAGGAGCCCCCGGUGCCGCCGGAGCAAGGGGAGCGGGCGGAGGGGGACAGCGGCGGCCCCGAGCAGAGCGGUGAUGGAACCGAGCUGACAGCCAAGCCAAAGAGAAGCUUCUAUGCAGCAAGGGAUUUAUACAAGUACCGACAUCAGUAUCCACAGAACUUUAAAGAUCUUCGAUACCAAAAUGACUUGUGCAAUCUCCGCUUUUACAAAAAUAAAAUCCCUUUUAAGCCUGACGGAGUUUAUAUUGAAGAAGUCCUAAACAAAUGGAAAGGAGACUAUGAAAAACUGGAACAUAACCACACGUACAUACAGUGGCUUUUCCCGCUGAGGGAACAAGGUCUGAACUUCUAUGCGAAAGAAUUAACUACAUAUGAAAUUGAGGAGUUCAAGAAAACAAAAGAAGCAAUUAGAAGAUUCCUUUUGGCUUACAAAAUGAUGCUGGAAUUUUUUGGAAUAAAACUGAUUGAUAAAACUGGAAACGUAGCACGAGCUGCUAACUGGCAAGAAAGAUUUCAGCAUUUGAAUGAGUCUCAACACAACUACUUGAGAAUCACUCGAAUUCUGAAAAGUCUCGGUGAACUUGGCUAUGAGAGUUUCAAAUCUCCCCUGGUAAAAUUUAUUCUCCAUGAAGCUCUUGUGGAAGAUACCAUUCCCAAUAUUAAGCAGAGUGCUCUAGAAUAUUUUGUGUAUACUAUUAGAGACAGAAGAGAAAGGAGAAAGCUCCUGAGAUUUGCUCAGCAACAUUAUACACCGUCAGAGCAUUUUAUCUGGGGACCACCAAGAAAACUGAAGUCAGAGGGAAGCAAAACAAACAAAAAGCCAGCAUCUCCAAUUUCUGUUCACAGUAGUUAUAUUUCUAAGCAUAAGAAACUGAAAGAGCCUAAGAAUACAUCCACGAGCGGAACCUCAGCUAGUAAAGCAACUGAAGAGAGAAAAGUAGAACUCACAAAAAGUGGAGAAGAAAAUGAUCAGGAUGAACAAGAAAUGAACUGUGAUGCUGUUAAGCAGAGCGGUGAAAAGAACAGCGGUACCGAUAGUGGUCAGCUUUCAAAGUCAGAAGAAACUCCUGAUCCUUCAGACAAAAAAGAGGACGCUUCUCAUUCCAAAAAGGAUGAUGAAAAUAUGAACAGUGACUGUGGAAAUCAUCCAGGCGUUACAGAUAAAUCUUUAUGUGACACUGAGAAUUGUUCAAAUAACGUAUCGUCAGAUCUGCAGGAUAACCUUGAAAAGGAUACGCCUUCAGGGGGAACCACCACAAAAACCAACGAUGAGAUCAAAUUAUGAAUCUGAGGUUAAAAGUCUUUGUUUCAUAAUGAAUGAAGCAAAUUAUUCAUCACUUUUUCAUUCCGUGUGAAACUUACAUCUAAUCUAGUAUAAAAUGUUCAUGCUUGUUGGGAAUGCAUCAGAUUAGGCUUCGGUUACGCUAAUGAAUUUUGCUUUUUUUAAUCUCAGUUUAUCAGAUGAGAAUCAAGAGUAGUUACUUAAAACUAUUGUGUUAAUUCAAAGCCUAGGAGUUCAUAAUGUUUUCCAGAUAUAUUGCAUAAGAAAAAAAAAAGCACUUUUUCCCCAAAAAUUCAUCCAGCAUUUACUUAUUUAUUUAUUUAAAAUGUAAUUUUCUACUAAGUCUUAGAACAUCUCAAUUGAAAUUUGUUUCAAUAUGUUUUCGGUGUUGAUUUGUUUGUAUGAAAUGACUAGAAAUUAUUUCAAGAGCAAAAUUGGUCACAAGUGGAUUUUCCUUAGGAACUGUGUUCGUGUUGAAUGGCAGCAUUUGCACAGCAUCUUUUACCUUAGAUUAGCACCCUUGUCUGAGACAAUAGAUCUUGAAACAUCCUAUGCAGCUGGAUAGCCGUUACAUCACACGGAUGUUUAACACAGCUGUAUACACAGCUUUUGUGUACAAGGAAAGUUGCACUUUAUCUUUUAGUCUCUUUAAUGUUUUCUCAUGCCUCUUUUGCUGCUUCUGCUAAUUUGGGUUGUGAGGUAGAGUCGUUCUUAGAUUUGGUCUCAGCAUGAAAGCUCUCUGUUGAUCAGCAGCUGGUUUUGGUAGCUGGAAAGCCCCUUUCCCUGGGCGUCAACCACCAGCAGCUCCAAAGCACUUCUGUUUGUUUUAUUGUUUGUUUAUUUUAAUGUUUUUUUUUCCCUUAGCAAAACACUGCUUAGCCAUCAAAGCCAUUGGAGGAAAUGUCACCUGGCCUGUCCAGCUGAAUCUGAACUAAAUUUGGGUGAGGUCUGUACAGUGCAGAAUCUUCUGAUGCUGGCCUGUGGUAGAAAGCCAGUCCUGCUGGUUUAUAAAGUGAAAGGAAUUUUCAAGUAUUUGCUUUCUUUUAGAUGUUUUUUACUUUUUAAUGGCUGAGAACUGAGAAAAGCCCGUUUGCAGCCUGACUAGAGCCCAGCAGAUAGGAAUUUCUCAAUUAUAUCUUUCCCAGUUUUGUUUACUUAAAGACCAUGAGAUUUGCCUGAGCAUCUGUUUCUAACUUCGUGCCAUUCAGUCAAGUAAGAUGCUACCCAGCAAGUUAACUGUAUACCAUAUGGAUUAAAAUGUAGUGCAGGUAGAACUCAUGCUUUCUACAGUCCUAAAAAUAGUCUACUGUAUGUAUUUUCUAUUUUAAAAUGUAUAUAUUAUCCACUGCCUCUAAUGUAUUUUUGAUGAAAUAUUAUAAAGCAAGUACCUGACUAUAGUUAGAGUGUCAGAGUGCUGCAGGACUUCAUUCGAGUCUUGUCACUCAAAAUGACAGUCUUUCAGGGGUUUAAAAACAUAGAUGAAAUGUCUUGUAUUUUUCUCUAUCCCUAAUUUCCAUUAUGGCAGUGCAUAAUCUCCUUCUUUCCCUAGGUAGCUUUGUUUCUUGGGGUCAAGCAGAGCUGUAAUUAGAGAUUUUCAUACCAGUGGAGAAAGAUUAAGCUCUUUCCAUCCAAAAGAGACAGAGGGAAGUUAUAUUUCUACUUUUUCUGUGCUUUCUUGUAAGGAAAGGGUGUAAAUGUCUGUUUUCUGUUGUGUUUCUGUUUGUUUGUCUUUUAAGGGUAGCCCAGGUUUUUCAACAGGCAUCAAGUCUGUCUGAAUGGAAAUGUCCAAGAGAAUUCCCUCCCAGUCAGUGCUUCAUGAAAGAUGGACAACUCAGCUGGUGCUGAGAACGACCUUCAAACUGCCCUGGUCUUAAAGCAGGGAUCCCCUUUUUCAUGCUUGACCCUGACCUUCUGAGCAGAAGAGGGCAGGAAAUGCUUAGAUAAUAUUAGUCCACGUAGUUGAAGACUCCAGCCCUACACAUAGACUCAGAGAGGACAGUUCUGUGUUCUGCCUAAGACUUUUUAAAUCUCGAGUGCCUAACCAUGUCAACUUAAUAGCGUUGUUUUAACGUGGUUAUUACUUGAAUGGCAUAGGGAAAAUUUACACUGUGUAUGAAGAACAGAAAUAUAAGCUAGUUAUGCAGAACCUUCAAUUUCUAGGCUUCACUAUUGAGGUAAAACAUUUAUUUAUUUAUUUUUAAAUUGCAUAGUGUUCAAGUGGAAUAGGAGUCAGUAGGGGUUUUAUUGUAUUUAUACUGUAAUUUGAACACGAUCUCAGGAGAUUUGCCUUCAUUUGACUUCUGAACAGCAACAGGAAGAGAAAUACGGCUCUUUAACCAGAAAGCUCGUUGUAGCUUUCUGUGGGAUGCACACCCAAAAAGCUUCACUGCAGUAUGUUAUUCUGCUAUUGUGAUAUGCCUUGCACCUACCCUGCACGUGCUUGUUGGUUGUCCACUUUUAAUUAAGUACUUAAUGUAAAAAUUGACUUUUUUUUUUUAAUUGGCAGAGCUGUGUGCAUUAAUGGUCCAGUGUGUCUGAAAAUAGAAUUGGGAACUUUGCAACUUGUACCUGUAUUAACUUUUUAUUUUUAAAUCCCCAUCUCAGUAUAUUUCUAUCAUCAUUAUUAAAGAGAGAGGUGAGAACAGUAGUGAUGUGUCAACUACCUGUGAAGAACUUUGGGAUGAGGAAAGUAUUCUGUGUCAGAUGGCCUCCUUCAUUCUGUAAACUGUCUUAUACCCAUGUCAGCAGACUGAAGUGUCUCCCAUGAGACUCUUCAGCUUUAAGUGACAAAUUUGCUCUGUGUAAAAUGUGAUGGUGUAUCAUAAUUUUCAUAGAGGAGUUGUGUCAUGAUUUUGCAAGUGCUCGAAUGAGGGAUUCAUUGCAGAGCGAUGGAUGUGUAGCAUCCCACUGAGAUUUUUGAGGACCAAAUGGGUGUGAUACAUUUCAUUACAGACUCGUGUCCUUGGCAGCUAGAAGCACCCUGUGCUUGUUAGGUAAGUAUUGGCUUUCAGGUUUUCAAGCAUUCUCAUAAAUGCCAAUACUUUAUUAUUUAACUAUUACUUCAGCAACUGAGCGUGCGUGCAAACAAAGUCAGGACACUUGCUCACUAUUAAACUAGAUUUUUUUUGUUUGUUUUAAUCUUGCUGUGCACUUAAAUAUUCAGGGAUUUCUGUGUACUUCUAUCAUAAUGUGUUGGCCCAGUGUUUUACUAGAACCUGAGCUAUUCACAUAUUAAUUGGAUGGAACCUCCCAUUUAGGGGUUCUUACACCUGAGCAGCCUCUGCUACUGAGUGAAAAGUGAACGUAUUCACAGGUCUGUGAAUUUGAUUCUUUGUACCCUUUUGUCAGGUACAUGAAUGUGUGACUUGGCAAAAUGCUCAUGAGUGCAUACAUGUAAGUGAAGGCAAUUGUACAAGGCAGCCAACAAUACAGCACUUCAAGAUCAGUUCCAUCUUCGUGCCCUACCUAUGGGGAUGUAACUAUGCCUCAGCACCUGAGGUUGGUGUAGCAUGCAGGCUGAAAGCUUGGAUUCACAAGGCGUGCACCACUAGCCAUUCAGAUAAGAAGAGCACAUACAUGUGUGCACAUGUCUAGGGGCAGGACCGAGUUCUUGGUGUCUAUUGCUUGUAUUUAAAAGUAUGAUCCUGAAGGGUACUAAAUAUAUUUGCAAUAACCCUUUGAGAGCUGUUCUGUGGGUUGGCCAGCUCCUCAGUUUCCUGCCCUAAGUUAACAGCAGUCUAAUGUAUUUCUAAAAAUUUCUUAAAGCAUUUCUAUAAUCACGGUUAAUAUUUCAUGUAACCCAAUAUAAACCUCUGUGAAUUGUUCCAGGAAGAUACUAACAAUCUACAGUUAUAUAUAUCUACUAAACUCAGAAAGAUUACAGACCUUAUAAGCUUUGUAUAACUUUGAUGGAUAUCAAAAUUACCUAUAAGGUAAGUCAAAGAGUUUUAAAUGGAAAAUGGCUUGUUUUCUUUUCUUUUUUUUUUUUUUAAAUAAAAUUUAUUUAUGUCUGUUUACUUGAAUCAUUUUGUGCCCCUUUCUUUUCCUGACAGUUGUGGCAGUAAUGAUUUGUCUAGAGCCUGAGAAGCAAGGGGGAAUAAAGAGCUACUGGUUCACCUGUUGUGAAGAGGCUGCUUGGUAACAGCCUUUUGUGCUAGUAUUUGUGAUACAAAAUGAAUUGCCAUAGACAGUUUCUAACCAUGCCUAUUGCUGAUUACGGCUAAGAGGCAAGUCCUUUUAGAUGUGAUAUUGCCCAAGAUGAUAUUGCAGUAUUUAGGAAAAAAUAAUUUCAUAGAACUGGAAAGCAUUUUCCUUUUAGAAGAUACGGUAUUGCUCAUUCUUAUUAAAAAGCAAGUGAUCAUAAGUAUGUUAAUGCAAAACUAAUCAGAAAUUAUGGUAAAAUACGUAUCUAAGUGAAUGCGUAUCCGUAAUUAUGCCGUACAUUUAAAGGUAAUAUGUUUAAUUUUCCGGACAAAAGUAGUAUUUAUGGGUAGGAUGCAAAAAUGUGAAUGAAAUUUAUACAUUAACAAAAUUGACAAAAUCGUGUUAAUAGUGUACAUUAGAUUAUAACCUAAGAUAUAACGAACCUUGUAUCCUGUGAGCAGUGAUGGCCACCAACAGUUUGUGGUGUGCAAGGAAAGAUAAAGGCUUUUUUUUUUCCUCCAUGCAGUUUAGUUUUAAUCCCCCGUGAUUCAGCCUUGACAGUCCCUUUUGGCAGUGAGCUCCAUGUUUUAAUUUUGUUUUGUUUGGCAAAAGUAAUCUAUUGUUCAUCUCCAAUCUGUUUAUUCAGGAAUCGCUAGCGUGUUUGAACACAAUUACUGCAAGUACUGUAAGAUGAACAGUAGUACAUUUCCUGCUGUUUUUAAAAGCCUUUGGAAAUUCUAAUAAGAUACCCGCUUAGGCAGAAAAUGUCACUUGUCCAGUGCUGAUGAUAAUGUUAUCUUACUCGUCCCUUCAGAAUAAAAGUUUAUACAUAUAUCCUCCCAGUAUAAAGUACUGGAAGUCAGAUUCCAAAUCCAGAAGUGAGUAGCAUUCCUACUGGUGUGAAAGCAAGAUCAGUCAGUGGGAAAACCUUUUCUUAGCUGGUGUCUGUCAAGGUGAUGCUGGAUCUGAACUCAAGUAAUAAAAGCAUGUAUUUGGGCGAGCAUAAAUGAUGCAACAUGAUUAUGUAGAAGACAAAAAUCCUGUCUGGGGUGUGCUGAGAACCAUACUCCUCAUUCCAUGUUUCAGUAACUAAUUUUGAUGCAAGUCUCCAUUUCCAAUUGCGGUUGAAUAUAGUAACUGCUCAAAUAGUAUUCUCAUUGUCAAAAAGAGCUUUAAAAUGAAGAGUCAAAAGGCCUACAGAUGGACUCCACUCGCCUUUCAUCUUGCAAUUGGGACCAUAAUAGUAGAGUCACUGUUCACAUGUAUGUAAAUGCAGUCCUCCAAGGGGAAUGUAAAUUGUGUCUCUAUAACAUCUGUGAACCGUUUAUUUUCCUGAAAUCUAUUUCUUUUACAGCCCACAUUUUUAGUAUACUUACUCUUAAGACUAUAGUAGAAAUUGAGGGUUUAUUUUAAAGAAAAUAUUUAAUACAUGCCAUAUGUAGUGGGCUCUUAAAAGAUAGUUCAAGGGCUAUGGAGAUCAAGUGAGGGGAGACCUCCUGUGGCUUUGCACUUCUAAUCACUUCUAUCUUUAUUUUAUUUCAAAAGCAUAAAGCUGUUCUCUAUAAAAUGACAAAUGUGAGAAUUGGCAAAUUGUUCUGAAAGAAGACUCUUUCUUCUUAGGAACUUGGCACUUCUUAAUUCUACCUUGCUUACAAAUCUAGUGGUAUAUUCAUCAGCUGAGGUUUAUUGUGAAAUAUACUGAAUGUGUUUACUACUGUGGCUAGCAGCGUGAAAUUUAUUGUUUGCAGUAAAAUGGGUUAUGGCAUUUAUAUUUUUGGGACCUGCUGAAGCAUGCUUGCUGGUUAUUAGUUGCUCCUUUUCUGUCUUAACCCGUUCCUUUGUUGCUUGCCCUUAAGCAGUUUGAGUUGGGUGGCAGAUAAUGAGGUAUAGUUUUGUACUGAUACAGAUUGAAGCUACUGUACACUUCACUGUUAAAACUUAGUCUAAUAAAAGAAGGUGUGGUAACUGUAAUAAUUAAAAAUGAAAAAAAAAAGAAAGGAGACCCAACGAUUCUUACUUGACAACUGAAACAGCUACGUAUCUGUUUUGAUGAGAUAUUCUGCUCUCUUGUGUGUCCCUUUGCACUGUUCAAUUACAGAAUGCCAUGCAUGUUUGGUAGCAGCAAUACCAUAUGUAUGUGGUAGGAGUGGUAACCAGUUUCUGGGUUUGUAACGCACUCUAAAGAUAUAUUUUAUAAUUCUGUAACUGUAUGGCAAUGUUAUGCCAAGAAACAAAUUGUACAAACAUAAAAAGCAAUAGUUUAUGUUGCUUACUGCUAUAUUUUCAGUCGUUUGUUUGUAAAAUGAAAUACUUGGAGUUCCUUUCAGGUAAAUAUAUUUUUAAUAACAGCAGCCAAAAAUCUCUAAACUAAUAAAGCUUCUUCAUUUGGCAGCAUUGUUUUAACAACAUGUACAAAUGCUGUGUACAUCUAAUACUGUGUAAUUGCUGUUCAUCGCUUGUUUGUAUAGUCUUCUAUAAAUGUACUGACACCUGAAAGAAGGGCA